UGGAGGGAGAGAACACAUCUAGCGUUGCUGAUCGUCCUGGGACACUGGAGGUAUACGGUGAUUUCACAUUUUUGUUCCGAAAGGCCUGAAUCACGGCCCGUGGGAUCCAAUUUCGAGAAGAACACGCGUGGGAGUUUCCCAAAUAAUGAAACCCGAGUAGAACUGCUGCUUGAACAGGUAGUUGCCGUCCACGGGGAGCUGGCUCCAACCUGCAGUGAGGCAAACCAAGCCGCUGGUGACCAGGGUACUAAAUCAAGUUCAAAGCAUCCCACCGCUUGCAGGUGCCACUUGCAUGCGAAAUCAGUGUUUCCAUGGGAACCCUGAUUGUUCCCAUGAGAACGCUGAUCAUGACAACUUUCAGCUGGUGAGGGGCACCUGUCCCUUGUUUUUUCCUGCUUAUUUGAGCCUGUGCUCACGACCAAGGAGGUUGUUCCCCUGCCAGUGCCCAUGACUACGGAGGUUGUUCCCCUGUCACUGCAUGUGCUCACCACCACAGAGGCUGUUCCACAGUCCAUGUCAGUUCUCACAGCCAUGGAGGCUGUUCCCCAGUCCAUGUCGGUCUUCACAACUAUGGAGGCUGUUUCCCUGUUCCUACCAGUCCUCACAGCCAUGGAGGCUGUUCCCCAGUCCAUGUUGGUCCUCAAAGCCACAGAUGCUGUUCCCCAGUCCAUGUCAGUCCUUGGUCCUCACAGCCACAGAGGCCGCUUCCCAGUCUCUGUCAGUGCUCACAACCACAGAGGCCAUUCCCCAGUCUCUGCCAGUGCUCAUGGCCAUGAAGGCCGUUCCCCAGUCUCUGUCGGUGCCCACGGCCACAGAGACCACUCUCCAGUUGCAGCUGCUAGUGCUCACGGCUGCAGAGGCCAUUCCCUUGUUGCGGCCAGCGUCCACGGAGGCUGUUCCCCUGCCACCACCAGCAGCCACACCUGAGCUUACCACAUCUUCGCCCCCUGAGCUGCUCUUUCCUGAACCUUGUCCAGUGGCCGCCGCCCAGUUCACUGCCCCCUGUCCAGCAGCCACCGCCCAGUCCUCUGACCCCUGUCCAGCGAGAACCGCCCAGUACUCUGUCCCCUCUGCCCUGAGGCCACCUCCCAGGCCUCCAGACCACGCUUCUUUCCUUAAAAUCCCACCCUCUUCCUGCUUCUCUCCCACCCACAGAGUAAAGGGGCUGGGAGCUUACCUUCCCUGCGUGACACAACUUUUGGCCGUGAACUGGGAGAUGGUGGAGCAUGCUUCACUUCUAACUGUGUCACUGUCCACCUGA